GUAUUAACAAAGGUUUUCUCCAACUAACUUCAGUUCUUGUUGUCAGGUUACAAUGAUGUUGAAACCAGUUUUGGUGUUAUUGUUUGUCUGUGUUGUUGUUUCCAAUGCUGGUAAUGUACUGCAACUACUGAAGAAUAGAGCCACUCAUUCACAGUUUGCCGAGUUGCUGGAGAGUACUGAGGGGGUGCACAAGCACUACAUGGAGGGGUACCUCACCCUUUUCGCCCCCUCCAACACAGCCCUCAACCAGUAUAAGGGGGAUAGGAACAAGGCACUUCUUCUCAACCAUAUUGCAUCAGCUUUUCCACACUCUAACCUACAAACAGUGAACACUGCUAUUAGUGAGGAUGAACUGGAGGAAAGAUUGACCAGCCUGCUACAGGGUCAUCCACCACUCUGGGUCAGGAGGAAGAACUCUGAACUGUACGUGAACCAGGCUAAAGUAUCCCUAGUUCUCCCUGUAACUACUGAUACUGGGAACAAACAGUUUCUUUAUCUUAUAGAUUCUGUUCUUGAACCCUUGAUUCCACAAGCAGAGAACAGUGUGGCAGACUAUGUUGAUAUAAAGGCUGGUGAUAUUCUUAAUAAUACUCAAAAAUACAAGCUAGGUGAGUAUUCUAUUGAUAAGUAUACUGAGCAGAUAAGAAGUCUAGGAAUGGACAAGUUUCCUGAGUUUGAACAAUAUGGAAAAUAUACUUUCUUCCUGCCAGUAGAUUCAGCUUUCCAGGGUCUGGAUAAAGGAUUAGUGGAUCAAGAGGUGGUCAAAUCUCAUAUAGUUCCUGGAAACCUACUCUUUACUCAACCUAGCUCUAGACAAGGACAAUACAGUGAACUCUUUCCUUCCCUACAGUACAAACAAGUAUCUAUGGAAGUCAAGGUUGGAGUGUCUAUGUACGAAAGUGAUGAUGGAAGUAUAAAAGUACAGUCCCAGACCAUGACCGGAAACAGGAAUCAUCCCCGUGGUCAGGUCAUCUCCACAAUUGUCAAGGUAUUUAUUCUAAUCAAGAUUUUCAUUUUCUGUUGA